AUGCGCCCGCUCACUCGGCUUCGACCGAGCCUCUACAUUCGGCCUGUCGCUAAUAGAGCCCUGAGAUUGCCGUCUGUACGACCGCGAUGGCUGUCAACUACGGAACAGCGCCAUUGCUCGUGCGCUGAUGCGGCCAACGGCAAAACCGAAGCUCCUACAAUACCCCCCAACGAUCACCGAGCUCUGGGAACGACCCAGGAGCUCUUCACCUCGUCCAUCUACACUCCUGGAUCCCCGCUCUUCCUCCCAAAUGGCACGCACAUCAUCAACAAGCUCAUCUCCUUCCUCCGCACGCAAUACUUGCAAUACGGGUUCCGCGAGGUCUUGACUCCGACCAUCUACAAACGAUCCCUGUGGGAGGUAUCGGGCCAUUGGCAGAAUUACAAGGAUGAUAUGUAUGAAGUAACAGGUCGUGGAGCGACCGGAGAGACAGAAGGCGAGGUCGGCGAGGACGAGUCGUACGGUCUAAAACCGAUGAACUGCCCGGGCCACUGCCUGCUGUUCAAGUCGCAAAACCAUUCAUACCGCGAGCUGCCGGUGCGCUACGCUGAUUUCAGUCCGUUGCACCGGAACGAAGUCUCUGGCUCGUUGACCGGUCUUACGCGCGUGCGUCGCUUCCACCAGGACGACGGCCACAUUUUCUGCCGACCGCAGCAGAUUAGGUCGGAGAUUGCGUCGGCAUUGGGGUUCGUGGAUAUGGCUAUGAAGACAUUUGGACUCGGUCCCUAUCGAUUGGUGCUUUCCACUCGACCGGAGACGGAUUUCAUUGGAAGCGUGGAGAUGUGGGACAAUGCCGAGGGACAGCUGCGCCAGGCGCUGGACAGCACCGGACGCGAGUGGGCAUUGAAUGAGGGCGAUGGCGCCUUCUACGGACCGAAGAUUGAUAUCCAGCUCCAGGACCAGGCGGGCAAGUACCAUCAACUCUCGACCAUCCAGCUUGAUAUGAACUUGCCUCAACGCUUCGGGCUUGAGUACCAGGUUGCCGAGGGCGAGGAGGAUUACAACCCAGCUACCCCCGGAGUGGCCACACCAGUCCUGGUGCACCGUGCUAUCUUUGGCUCACUCGAGCGGUUCUUGGCUCUCCUAAUUGAGCACCAUGGUGACCAUUGGCCCUUCUGGCUAUCGCCUCGUCAAGCCAUUAUCUUGACCGUCAACCAGGAUGACGCAGUUGUGCGCCAAGCGCAGGAGGCAGCUGCAAAGUUCUCCGGAUUCCGCGCAUUGGUGAACGAUGGCAGUUCUGCGCCGCCACGUCCAUUGUCAUCAGUCGACUCUACUUUCUUGGUUGACGUCGACACCAGUGCGCAGAGUCUUGGCAAGAAGAUCCAGCGAGCCAAGCAGAUGAAGUAUAAUCUUAUCUUUGUCCUUGGUCCGCGUGAUGUUGCCAAUGGCGGCAUCACACUUGAUGUCAGUGGGCAGAUGCAGGGCAAGGCGGAUGUGGAAGGACAAGAAUUCCAAAUGCUGAUCCGCGAGCAACUCGGUGAAAAUGCAUUGCAGAACCCUCGGGCAGUGAAAUUACAGGUGGACAAAGUGCACCAGCUGCUGGUGCAGCUGGAGAGGAGCUUCUUAUGA